AUGCCAGGUGCACGUAAUUCACAGCGCAAGGGCAAGACUAAGAUCCCCAAACCAACUAGGGGAUCAGGGCUUAAUCUGUCUGGUUUACCAGCAGUUGACCAACUCAACCUUCCUGCAGAACAACCUCAAAUGUCGGCUUUUGAUUUCAAUCCCUAUGGACAAACUCAACUACAGUGGCAAGGCGCACAGCAACCCUCUUAUGGCGAUCAAAACCAGCCAUCAUAUGGUCACACACAGGACCAGGCUCCUGCACAGGAGCAAUCGUUAUAUGGAGAUAGGGAGGAGCAGGGGCAAUCGUUAUAUGGAGAUGCUCAAGACCAUGGGCAGGCAUGGUAUGGAGGCAUGCAGGGCCCAUCAGCUUAUGGAGACGUGCAGGGCCCAUCAGCUUAUGGAGAUGCGCAGGGCCCUUCAUCUUUUGGAGAUGUGCAGGGCCUGUCAUUUUAUGAGCAAGACCUAUCAUUGAACGCUGACAGACAGGAAUAUGACUCUUACGAUCACUUCUGGGACACACUCGACUCUGGUCCAACCAAUUUCCCACCUGAUGCUGGUCCUUCUGUUUAUCCAGGAGUUGCUGCACCUGUUCCUCAAUGGAUUGAGGAUGCUCCUGAUGAAGGCAUCAGCAUUAUAGAUUGA